AUGUCUUCCUCUGAUUCAAGACGUGGAGUGCGUAAACGUACACAUGACAGAGCCUUUAGUGGUCAUUCAACUGCUGUAAACUCGUUACCUUCAUCUUGUAAUGGUCAAAAACCCCCUUCGAGUGUACAUUUCAAGUCGAAAUCUAUGUCUACAAGUUUGAAAAGAAUACAAAAGGAAUUAACGGACAUCAUGUCAGACCCUCCUCCCAAUUGCAGUGCAUUUCCGCGAGGAGAUAAUCUCUAUGAAUGGGUAUCAACUUUAUUAGGUCCUCAAGGAUCAGUUUACGAAGGUGGAAUAUUCUUCCUAGACAUUCACUUUUCUAUGGAGUAUCCGUUUAAGCCCCCAAAAGUAAUUUUUAAAACUCGUAUCUAUCACUGCAAUAUUAACAGUCAAGGUGUGAUUUGCCUAGAUAUUCUCAAGAAUAAUUGGUCUCCUGCUCUUACCAUUAGUAAAGUCUUACUGUCCAUUUGCUCGUUACUUACUGAUUGCAAUCCUGCCGACCCGCUUGUUGGAUCUAUUGCUAGCCAAUACAUGCAUAACAGAUCAGAACAUGAUCGUAUUGCACGACUGUGGACACAAAAAUAUGCAAAUUCUGCUACUUAUCCCUCUACUGGACAUUCACAUGGUAUGAAUGCGGAUUCCGAGUCUUCUAGGAGAGGACCACGUAUCACGCUAUCCCCCACCCCAAGAUCAUCAGAUUCCGGGCAUUCAGGCUUCGCGUCGUCAAACAAAGACGAGAUUCUAACGGAAGUACCAUGUACAGAAAGCAGUAGUGCAAGUGCCUGUACAAGCAUCGGUGCUAGAAGUGAUGGAGGAGAAAGUGUAGAUGAAGUUCUCGAAGACGACACUCCCGUAGCUUCUACAGAAACAACUAUUGCCCAUUCAUUCACUCCGGCUUAA